GAAUGGUUUUUCCACGGAACUCCAGAUGGGAUGGCUGCCACACGGAUAGCUCACCGUGAGCUAUGGCAGAGGAUGGAGACGGCAACCACAGGCUGAUUGAGCUAGAGGAUGGCCGAUCGGGCGGCUUCUCCUCAGAGGAUUCGAGCGUGAUACACUCGCCCUGGCCCGGCAACCUGCGCGCUAGAGGGCCUGCAAGGGACAAAUGCUACAGUUGGCAAAGCGACGACGUGCCAGACUUGCCACAAGACGAGGAGCGCGAGUGGACGCAGGGUCGUACUCGAUUCUCCUCCUUCGGCGGUUCAGACUUGGAGCUGCGCUGGGAGGCGCUGUCGAUGUGCUCCUGGCAAGUCUCGCGAAAGAGCCAGGAGGCGGUGCAGAUCCUGACCAACGUCAGCGGAGCUGCGAGGGCCGGCAAGAUCACCUGCAUCCUGGGCCCCAGCGGGUCUGGCAAGACCACCCUGCUGAACGUCCUGGCAGGUCGCCAGAGCGGCGGCCACCGGCACCGCAUCCGCAUCACCGGACAGGUCUGGGUGUCUGGGUCGCGUGUUGACCCACGUGCUGUGAGAUCGCGGAUGGCGUAUGUCAUGCAGAAGGACGAGAUGUUUGCAACCUCCACCCCAACGGAGGCCUUGAGCUUCUCAGCCUCGCUGCGGCUUUCGGGCCCCAGGGACCGCAAGGAGCUGAUCUCCGAGCUGCUGGGCUCCUUGGGGCUCCGGAGCUGCUCUCACACGUACAUUGGCAAUGCUGUGCUCAACGGCUUGUCAGGAGGGCAGCGAAAGCGCACAGCGAUCGGCGUGGAGCUCAUCACUCGCCCAGACAUCGUUUGCCUAGACGAGCCGACCAGCGGCCUUGACUCCUUUGCCGCGUACCAGGUCAUGAGUGUCUUGAAGGACCUCGGAAAAGCUGGCUGCACAAUUAUUUGUACUUUGCACCAGCCUAGCAGCGAGAUCUUUGCCCUUGUGGACCAGGUGAUAUGCCUUUGUGAUGGCCGCUGCCUUUGGGCGGGGGACCGCGAGCAGAUGGUGGGCUACUUCAGCACUGUGGGGUAUCCUUGCCCCGUGGGGUUCAAUCCGGCGGACUUCGUCAUCUUCCUGAUGCAAACGGAGCCCAAGUCGAAGACCGAUGAGCUGACUCAGAUCUGGACGCGGAAGCACGCAGAGGCCGCAGCCUUCUGCAGCGAGUCCAGCCUCACCAGUCCCUAUGACGAGCACGAGCUUUGCAGGACUCCGAAAGUGCGAUCCGGAUUCAGUACCGCUCAGAAAGGUUUCGGGCAGCAGCUGCGACAGCUGGCCAAGCGCGAGCUGCGGGCGGUGGUGCGCGACCGCACUACGCUGGCGGUGAGGGUGACCCUGUCGGUGGUGCUCACCUUCCUCUUCGGCUUAGUCUUCCAGGGAGUUGGCAGGACAAUCUUGGAGACAAAGGACCAGAACAUCUUCGAUCAGAUGUGGACUGGCCUUACCUACGCCGAAGUCACCGCCUUGCGCAAGAGAAAGCUUGAGUGGCAUUUCAAUGCGCUGGUGCAAGUGGCCCUCGUGGCGAUGUUCAGUGCCUGCCAGCCGGUGAUCCUCACCUUUCCAUUGGAGAGACCAGUUUUCUUGCGGGAGUACAGCAGCGGCACCUACAGUGUUUUGCCCUACUACCUUUCCAAGAUGGUGGUGGAGGUGCCGCUGGUUUUCGUCCAGUCCUUGAUGACGCUGGGGCUGUGCUAUGUGGUAAUGUCUUUGAACGGCAACUUUUGGGCAUUGCUGUGGACCAUCGUGCUGCUUUCGGUGUGCUCCGUCUCGGUGGCUUUGGCCAUCAGCUGUGCGGUGAGGCAGCCAAGAGAGACCGGCGCCGUGGGGCCACUCGUCUUCGUGCCGCAGAUGCUUUUUUCAGGAGUCUUCAUUCCGGUCAGCCACAUGCCAGUCUAUUUGCGCUGGAUGCAGUACUUCAGCUUUCUGCAGUAUGCCAUCAAGGUCUUGGGCAUCGUGGAAUUCAGGCAUGUACCUCACAAAGAACUUGUCCUGGACGCGCAGGACAUCCUUGAGGACAGCUUGUGGGUCUAUGUAGGUUUGUUGGUAUUGAUGGUGCUCAUCUUCUCGCUGACCGGAAUCCAAAUGUUGCGAAACAAGGCAACCCAUCUUUUUUAAGGCCAUCACGGCCAGUCAGCGGAUUAGAUGCCGUAAGGUUACAGAGCCGAUCGGUCAGCUCCGCGAAGUUCGUGGCUUAUGACUUGAAAUGAAAGCGGA